AUGAACAAGGCAGAAUUCAUCACUGUUGUGGGAUGUGCAGUAUUGUUGCUGCUCCACGUGACUCAAACUGAAGCCUGUCCUCCCUCCUGCAGCUGCAGGUCUCUGGGAGAAGCAGAGGAUCUGCGCGUAGACUGCAGCUCCAGGAAGCUGGUGGAGGUGCCUGCCUUGCCCAUUCACACCAAGAGGCUUUAUCUGCAGAACAACAGCCUCACCUCGGUUCCUCCAGGUGCCCUGGACAGCCUGCACAGCCUUCAGGAAGUGAAAAUGUCUGAUAAUCCCUGGAACUGUGACUGUCACAUUCUGUAUCUAAAACUCUGGUUAGAAGAUGUCUCUGCACCCUCUCUUGCAAACAUCAGAUGCUCAAGCCCAGCUCAUCUCAGGAUGAAACCCCUAGGGCAGCUCACUGGGAACGAGCUGGGGAUGUGUAAGAGGCUUCUCCCAAUCAAGUGUCUUCAGUUCUUUUGGAGAGACCUCAUUUUAAUUGCUGGAGUGAUAAUUACACUUAUUUUAGUAGCUUGGGCUCUGAAAUUCUCAAAAAAGCUGGUCUGCCAAAUGCACCUAAGCCAAUACGACUCUAGGGGGUGGCUGUUCAGGAGACAUCUCUCCAAAAACCACAAGAUACGAUAA